AUGAUGCCUGCCUUUACCACCAAUACAGUACCGGACAGUGCCGCAAAAACACUUCUGCUGGCACCACCGUCGAUAGCACGCCAUGAAGAACGACUCGCCGCUGCCGCCGCCGGCCAUGAGCGGGCCUCGCUCGAAAUUCAAAUGCUCGACCGCCUCGCCGCAGGUAUCGUCACACUGCCGCAGUCACGUUACAACUUGAUCCGCAUCCUGAGCGAUGCUGAGGGUUCGGACGUCGAGACAACGCGCCUCCUCGACCGGCCCCUAAUUCAUAUGCUCGCCGACGCACUCACCCCUCGCGGGCGCCUCGAAAGCCAAGAUAGUCGUCUCGUUAACGAUAUCAUGAGCCCCGUAUAUCGAGAGGCUAUUCUCGCCGGCCUCCUCCUCGAGGAUGGGCAGCUUGUGAAGCCUGAAUCUUCGGAAAGCGAGGCCGUACCUCUGAGAGUACUUGCCAGGCCCAAAGCAACUACGAGUCCAAGAAGCAAAACCCAGACGUUAGAAGGAGUCUUGAAGUUUGAUGAGACGACGUCGGCCAAUCACCAAGAGCCUCCACCGUAUCCCCUCGGUGUAGGAUUUGUGACGCCGGAUCAUGGUAUCGAUAAUGGCUCUCUAUCGAGCGAGGACGACGAGGAGCUUAUCGAUGAGGAUACUCUUCUUACCGAAGAGGAACUAAAGAGACCCGUCAAUAUUCCCGCCGCUUGUGCGCCGCGCGCCGGAAAAAGACGACGAGCCUGCAAAGACUGCACAUGUGGACUCGCGGCUAAGAUAGAGGCCGAGAACGCUGCGAGACGCGUGGCCGCCGAUGCUGAUCUGCGCACUCUUCAAUUUCGCUCUGAUGAGCUGGCCGAGAUUGAUUUCACAGUUCAGGGGAAGGUUGGAUCCUGCGGCAACUGUAGUUUGGGAGACGCUUUUCGAUGUGAAGGCUGUCCUUACAUUGGCAUGCCAGCUUUCAACCCAGGAGAUGAAGUGAGGUUACUCAAUGAUGAUAUUCAGUUAUGA